AUGGAAGCCCUGCAGAGGCAGCAGGCAGCCAGACUGGCCCAGGGGAUGAGGCCAUUGGCCCCUCCACGCCCACCGCCACCACAGCCUUCCUUGCCUGGCCCUGGGAUUCUGCAGGCCCUUGAGAGGGCCUCAGGGAAGGUUGGGGCUGAGAAAGAGGAGGAUGCCGGAGAGGAUGAGGAGCGGGAGGAAGCUGGAGCUGAGAAAGAGGCAGCUGAAGAGAGUCGUCCAGAAACCCGGGGGCCCAGCUCACCUUCCAGCCAGCCCCCUGGACCGCAUCCCCAUGAGUGGACCUACGAGGAACAGUUCAAGCAGCUGUACGAGCUCGAUGCAGACCCCAAGAGGAAGGAAUUUCUGGAUGACCUGUUUAGCUUCAUGCAGAAGAGGGGGACGCCGGUGAACCGCGUGCCCAUCAUGGCGAAGCAGGUGCUGGACCUGUACGCGCUGUUCCGCCUGGUGACGGCCAAGGGCGGCCUGGUGGAAGUCAUCAACCGCAAGGUGUGGCGGGAGGUCACGCGCGGCCUCAGCCUGCCCACCACCAUCACCUCGGCCGCCUUCACUCUCCGCACCCAGGGAGCUGAAUUACCUAUUCUUCCAGAAGAGAGUGGAAUUCCAACCCCUCGACUGGCACUGCCUGUGGGCCUGGCCUUGGGACCUGCCCGGGAGAAGUUAGCACCAGAGGAGCCUCCAGAGAAGAGGGCUGUGCUGAUGGGGGCCAUGGACCCACCUCAACCUGGCGCACCCCCAAGUUUUCUGCCCCAUGGCAAGGUUCCCCUAAGGGAAGAGCGGCUGGAUGGGCCUCUCAAUCUGGCAGGCAGUGGUAUCAGCAGUAUCAACAUGGCCCUAGAGAUCAACGGGGUGGUCUACACAGGCAUCCUCUUUGCCCGCCGCCAGCCUGUGCCAGCUUCCCAGGGCCCAAUUAACCCUGUACCCCCAACCCCUACAGGGCCCCCUUCUGGCAUCUCACCCUGA